AUGGAAAACGAGCCUUAUUGUAAACAGUCAGGAAGGAUCAUCCGUGCAAAACGAGAUUUGCUUUAUCAGACGAGUUAUCUGCAGACAAGAAGCUUUAUUUAACUGUUUGUUGAAUACAUCAAUUAAAGCAUCAGUCAUACGAAUUAUAUGCUUGAAAUUGAAAUGCUGUGGAAAGGUUGCUGCGCGCUUAUUUGGAAAUUUGGGCCCGUCCCUCUUUACAUACCUCUUUUUUUGGCUCUUGUCUUCACCUUCUUUUUUUUUUUCAUUCUUUCUCGCAUUUGCGGUUUUAUAGGUCGGCUUUUUGGAUUGCUAUUUGAUAUCUUACCUCUUUUCUCGACCAAUUUUAAAUGGAAAUCAACUAUAUCUCAAUUUAUGACAAUACGGCACAGGCAAAAUUCUUAUUCGUAUCAGAGAGUGUGACGGAGGUAUUAGGGUUCCGUCCACAGGAACUCAUCGGUGAAGAUGGCUACGAUCUAACGCAUCCAGACGAAAGAGAUGCUCUCAGCCUCAUUCACAGCGUUAAUGUAAAAUACGAACGCAUGUCCACUAUCACUUCUUAUCGGUCGCGACAUAAAGAUGGACAUUAUGUGCAAUUAGAAACAGUAGUCCAUUAUUGUUACGACGUCUUGAUUUGCACCAACUUUGCCAUAGUCUCUCCCGAUUGUGUCAAACAUAAAAUGCGACAACAUUCAGCCGAUGAAGCAUUCAUCAUACAUCCUGACGGCACACUACAAAUUGAUGGUGUGGCAUGGAAUGAUACUCAAGAUCGUAUAAAGAAAAUUCUCAUAGAAAAAUACCCAUGGGAUACCACCAACAAUAAAGUAACACACAUUAAACAAGAACCACGAUUCUGUUUGUUCAUUAACCGAUAUACCAUAAAAUCCACCAUCGUUUUUGCUACAGAGAUGAUCGAAAGCAUGGUGGGUGGCAGCCAAGUCGAUUGCAUCGGUGAAUCACUGUAUAACUAUAUCGCGCCUAAAGAUAGAGAGAAUGUUAUGAAACUAAUUGAGGUGUCAAAGUCAACAGAUAUGAUUAAUAGAAUCCGAUUCGAUUGGCUGAAAUCUGACGGAACAUCUGUGCCACUGGAAGCAGUGGUGAGUUGCACUUAUGAUGGCUUGGUCAUGGUGGCUCGUGUUAGUACAUCAUUUAUUACAAUUAAUACAUCAACAUAACCAGCGCGAUCAUGCAAGGUAAUAUGUUUAUUACAGAAAACAAAAAAAGAAAAAAAGCAAAAAAUAGUAAAUAAAGCUGUUGAUAUCCUACAGUUGUACUGGAUAAACCCACUUAUCAACGCUUGGUUUAAAAACUUGAUUCACUGUAUGCCUUGUCAACUACACCGUUUUCAGUGUUUAAGAGCUCGUGAAUUUUGCUACUCCAAAUUCAGACGAUGUUAGUUUUUUCUUUAACAUGUCAAAAGUAUUUUUCAGAUUCUUAGCUUACAUUUUGUGGAUAAAUUAAAAAAUUCAGAUUAGACAAAAAAACUUUAGUUGGA